CCUCUUUGACACGUGUGUGUGUGUCCACGCGCGCGCGCGCGCGUGCGUGUGUGUAUAUAUCAGUGUGUGCGCGUGCCUGUGCGUACAUGUAUUCCGGAUGCCCGGUGUAUACGCGGGCGGCGUCGUCACGCGGCGAUGAACGCCGAUGACACACGGGGGUUCCAAGGUAACUUCUUCGUCGGGCGGCGCGCAUCGUCGAGCGUCCAGGACUCCUCGCGGCGGCGGUGGCGGCGACGGCGGCGAGCACGCCCGCGGUGCCUACUAGCGGCACCAGGACUCGCGGAGCAACGACGAGCUGCACCUCGGAUCGAUCGACGGCCGGAGAGCGGCGCUCGAAGGUGGUGAACGUCGAAGGUGGUGAACGUCGAAGAGGAAAGAGGACGACGAGGAGGAGUCGAUCUGCCGUCGAAGGUAAAGCGAGGUGGAACCGGCUGAAAAAGAGAAUAAAAAAAGAGGAAGGCUGAAAGCGAAGAGAGACGCGGUGGUGGUGGAGACGACAGAGGGGUCGAAAGGUUGAGCGACCUACGGAUCAAGACGAGGAGGAGGUGGCGGAGAGAAAGGGGUGGCGGAGAGAGGGUAGGAGGGGUAAGAGAAGGAGGAGAACGACCGGAGAAGAAGGACGGAGAAAUGAUCUUGGUAGGUGAUUGGCAAAGUGCUGCGGUGGUCGACUCCUCGACGAAAGGCAGAUAGCGCCAUUAGUCGUUGCCGGGGCACGGAACAUCAGGCCCAUGCGCGUUGCGGCCCUGGCCGUGGGCGAAGAAGGGGAGGAGGAGGAGGAGGAGGAGGAAGAGGACGAGGAAGAGGAGGCGGAGGGCCGUACGGGGCACCACCACGGGGCCCGCGGGCCCGCGAUGCGCUCCGCGGUUACCGCGACAGUGGGGGGCAGGAGUCAAUGGUCCAUCACGACGUGUCCGAUUUUCUUUGUGUUGUUGCUGCUGCCCGUUUGGAUUCCGAUGACCGUCGUCGACGCGUCUCCCCUUCAUCCCGCACCACCGUAUAGAGAUAUCACGCGCUCGUAUAUCAGGUACUAUGAGGCAGCCAUAUAUGACACCGUAGCCUUGAAACGACAUCGCAACCGGAUACGUCGCGACGUCACCAACUCCGAGCAACCUCUGAUUUUGAACCUGAAGACACUCGAUAGAUCCUGGACGAUACGCUUGUUUCAUGAUGCGAGUCUGUUUAGCAAGGAUGUAUCCUUCGAGAGCACGAACGGACCGAUAUCCUUCGACACAUCACAUUCCUACGUUGGUACUGUUUUGGAGGACGAGAGUGCCGUGGUGCAGGGUGUUGUUACGCAAGAUGGUCUCUUCGAUGGCAGUGUCGUGACCAGAUUCGAGGAGUACUACAUCGAGCCAACGAGUAGGUAUUUGAAUAAAAAUGAAGACACGUCACCGCCCUAUCACAGCAUAGCUUAUCGCACCUCCGAUGUUACCACCCCGCCACAUCCAUUACCCUGUGCCAGUCAUCAACUGCAUCAAGAGGGGUCUCUUCGCGAUUCCUUCGAUAGAUAUAGGUACAACAAUUCUCAGGCAUUCUACGAGCCUCUGCUCGGCGAGCACGUUGCUCUCUACUCGAGGGAAAACAAUGCGAGAGUGUUAACGUUAGAAACGAAUAAUGACGUCGAGUACACGGACGCCGUGAGCGGCAGAGAUCGGAUCGCGAGGCAUCUGCACAAGCGCGCGACGGUAGAUCCCCGGAAAACUACCUGCAUGCUCUACUUGCAAGCCGACCAUCAGUUUUUCGCGCGAUACGGCACGGAGGAAGCCUGUAUCGAGGUGAUGACGAGGCACGUGCAAAGAGUCAACUCCAUCUACAAACACACAGAUUUCAAUCAAGAUGGGCGGCCGGAUAACAUCAGUUUCAUGAUCAAACGCGUCAAGGUGCACAGCGAGGAUGCAUUGAGAGAUCCUCAUUAUCGUUUUCCGGGCAAUUAUGGAGUGGAGAAAUAUUUAGAGCUCUUUUCAGAGGAGGAUUAUGACGCAUUCUGUCUGGCUUAUAUGUUCACGUAUCGGGAUUUUGAGAUGGGAACUCUGGGUUUGGCAUGGACAGGCGAUCUCAAGAAUGCUGGCGGCGUAUGUGAGAAGAACGGGCAUUACCGCGGCAGCAUGAAGUCAUUAAACACCGGCAUAGUGACCCUAUUAAAUUACGGGAAGCACGUACCGCCUGCGGUCUCUCACGUUACUUUGGCUCACGAGAUCGGCCACAACUUCGGCUCGCCGCACGAUCCGGAACAAUGUACGCCGGGCGGGGAGGAUGGCAACUUUAUAAUGUUCGCUCGUGCUACCAGCGGGGACAAGCGUAACAACAAUCGCUUCAGUCCAUGUAGUCUGAAUGCUAUAAAUCCUGUGCUCAACAGCAAGGCACGUUCUCCAAAGGGAUGCUUCACCGAACCGCAAGUAUCGUUGUGUGGCAAUGGCGUGGUGGAGGAGGGCGAGGAGUGCGAUUGCGGCUGGGAGGAGGAUUGCAGGGACUCGUGCUGCUAUCCCCAGCGCCGUUAUCCGCCGCCCGAGGAGACCCCGUGCACUCUCACACCGCGCGCGGUGUGCAGUCCUAGUCAAGGUCCGUGCUGUACCAGCGAGUGUAAUCUCCGUUUCGGAGACAAGUGCAGAGAUGACAACGGCUGUCGCGAUGCGAGCUUCUGUGAUGGUCGUUCUCCGUACUGUCCGCCAUCCAUUAACAAACCUAAUAAGACUAUCUGUAACCGCGAGCUGGUUUGCUUCAUGGGGGAGUGCACUGGCAGCAUUUGCCUAGCAUACGGACUGGAAUCUUGCCAAUGCAUACCAGGCCCGAACGAUCCGCCGACGAAGGCUUGCGAGUUAUGUUGUCGACUUCCCGGGGAAAAUCAACCAUGCUUAUCGUCUUUCGAUUGGAAUUCUCCACCAUAUGAUAUUCCCGAUAUGUUCUCAAAGCCAGGAACUCCAUGUAACGAUUAUAACGGCUACUGUGAUGUCUUUCAAAAAUGUCGCGAGGUCGAUCCAAGCGGUCCAUUAGCAACUUUAAGGAAGCUCUUAUUAUCCGACGAGAGCCUCGCCACUUUUAGACGGUGGGUCGCUGAACAUUGGUAUGCAGCCGCUCUGAUAGUUUUAGGGGCGAUAUCGUUGCUAGUGGCAAGCAUGAGAUUACUAGGCAAACGACCGGACUUGAAGCUAAAGUCUGUCACGAUUAUCCAUAGUUCUACGACGGAAACGGUACGACUUCCGCCGGAAGGUACGGAAGGAGUAACGGUGCAUCCACCGGCGGUACGUGCCAAACUUCCUCUUAGCAGAAAGGUCAGAGAGAAGAGGUGUCAUCGCAAACAUAAAGAUGGUGGCCACACCGACAAGUCUAACAAUAAGGACGCCAAAAAGAAACAAAACCAACAAACAAAGAGAUCGUCUACCGGGCAGGUCGACGAUUUUGCGCGAAAGAGACCGGCUGAAGUUUUGGCUGCUGUAACGCAGGAGAACAAACGGAAGAAGAUCACAUCCGUUAGAGAUAAAGGACAAGGUACUAGCAAUAAUCCAGGCGGUGGAAGCAGCGGCGAUAACGACAAGAGGAAACGUAAAAAGCAACAUAGAAAGGAGGUAAUUGACUAUUCAGCAAUUCAAGCGGAUAAGGAACCAGAAACAAAUACCGAUCCUAAGAGUAAAGUGCGUUCUUGGUUAUUGGCAUCUUCGCAAUGUCGACUGGAAACCGGUGCACGGACUAACGUUAACGGUAUGCCGAAAAGUAAAUCGACCCCGGUGGGUCUAACAGCCAGUGGAGGGGCGGUGGGGUCCAGAGUGCCAGUUCUAAAGAACUCAUCGAAUUCCCUCGCCAGGAAGGAACGGGCGAGGCUCCAGGUGGUAUAUAAGCCGCCGUUCAGAUUCAGCGUGAAGCUGCGAAAGUCCGACAAGGUGGCGCAAGCACCGGCUACGACUGUGAAUCAUACGAACGCGAAUAGUAGAACGGCGAAGUUACCGAGAACCGGGGUACUGCUACGAACAGCCAAGAGGAAGGACCGAGUCAGAAUAGGCAGAGCACGACAGAUAGCCCCUACCGGUAUCGGAAACAGCGGCAGCGAUCUGCCGGAACCGGCCAACUCCGAUUUGCACACCGUACCCUCCGAUCUGGAAGUAUUGCUGUCUGAGAGUGAAUUUCUCUUCUCGGAUACGUGACCAUGGAUAAUGAGCGUAUUUGAAUUCAUUUCGAGUCGUUACGCGACUAAGUAGCUCUUGCAUAUUUUCAUUCCUUAUAUCCGUGUGCGAGAAUAGAUAAUACUUUAGGAUGCGCGAAAUGAUAGAGUUUCGCGUUGAAUUGCUAGCUCGUGCGUGGAAGAAUCCCGUCCGAGAACGUGGAAGGGAAGACUCGCUUAGUUGAUUUGUUGCCCGAUUUAUCGAACGUUUUAAUUCGUUUUUCCUUCAACUAUUUGCUAACCGCUCUGUGCACAUGUUGAAAAGACGUGCUGCAUUAAUUCUCGUCAUUCUUCCUUUCCGCAUCUCCAGAGUGGAGCGAUAGUGCGGUGACCAAUCAUACGUUUGCGAACAUUCGCGCUGUCCUCGACACUCACUGCUACUCACGCGCGAUUGCGAUGAACGGAAUUUGCGCUUUGAUGAUGAACGUAUGAGGUGCGCCGACGCUAGUUUUUCGACGAUCAAGCCAGUUUUCUUCUUCCAAAGAAAGGGGCCAAAUCCACUGUUCAAAGUGCGACUGGUGUAAACGCCGCAAGUAUAUAAAUAUUGAUCUACUUAUCUAAUAUUUCCCGGAGCUAUGAAAGCAGAUUACGAUUCGUUUUCGAUGGUAGCUUUAAAUUUUCAGGGAUCAGUGCGCAGCAUUAAUCUCAAAAUGCAACGCGGUAUUUUGGGGUGUCGAAAGUAAUGCUUUAUCUUAAAGUCUCUUUACACUGUGCCUGUGCUGUUACUCUGUACUCUCUUUUUUGACGCUUAGGGAAAAUUACGUCUGUAUGGCGUAAUUUUCAAUUAAAUGGCGAUAUAUCGGUCGUAAGAAGAUGACAAAAGGUUAAUUGCGUCGACAGCCUUGAUUGACUAACUUUUAUUAGUCGCUCCCUUUGAAAUUAUAGCCCUAGUUAUAAUGUAGUCGUAAUAGAUACUACGUUACAGUCGUUGCUAUGAUACGGCUAUAAAAUACUCUAUAUUUUAAUCCUAACUGUAACAUAGCUAUUACGUACUUUAUAUUAUGGCCCUAGCUAUAAUAUAGCUAAAUUACAUUAUAAUUGUAACAUUAUAUCUUUAGCUAUGAUAUAAUUAAUAUAUAAUUCUAUAUUAUAGCUACUGUUAUAAUGUAAUGUAUUAGCUACAGCGUUUAUUCAUAGCUAGGGCUAUUGUAUCGACGCAGAAGAACAAAACUUAGCAUACCACGAUCAGAACUGAUCUGACGUUGAUGGGAACCGUGAAACGUUAGACAGUUCCGAACAGAUCGUCGGGAGGUUUUCUUGUUUCUUCGCCGCCCGAUCUGCCUGUAACGUUAUAAUAUUAUAACGUUAUUAUUCACUCGUGGUUCCUAUUGUCGACAAUUCCUAAUUACAUCUCAUGAAGCAUCUUGGAUAUACUUUGCAUCUUUAGGACGUCCGCGAGAAUUGUGAGACGAACCGACAGAUCGCUUAUAUUUUUAAGAUUGUACAAAAUAUUUUCAUUGACAUCCAUUACGCCGAGUUUUAGCGACACCGACUUUUUAACUGAUUUCUGUUGCUCGUGGUUGUUAACAGAGAACAUGCUGUUUCUUCUAUUUCAUACUUAAUCUUCAAAUCCGAUAGCUGCUAUUAUUUGGUACUUACGUCUCUUUACAUAUCUAAUUGCAUUUCUGAGUGUAUCUUCCAUUUGUAAAUAUGCUUUACC